AUGAUUGUUCGAUUGUUCUUUACAAACUAUAUUCCUGUUAACUUUUAUAUGCCUUUAUCCCUUGUUGAUGAAAAUAAGAGAAGAUCAAAAGAAAAAGGAGCUAUUUUAAAUUAAAAAUUCUAUUUUAGGACUAAUUUUUAAGAAUUUGGUCCUGCUACUGUAGAAGAACUAACCUUACAAGAAAUAUUUUUUGGUAAAUAAGACGGAUCUUUUAUUGGAAUUGUAGGACUAAUUCACUAAAAUAGAAAUGUUGUUAAAAAAUAAUAAUGUGCAUAGAAAGAAGAACAGAUAUAUCUAAAAAAUAAAGUACUUCAAGAUGAAGUCAUGCAAUUUACGCUUGCUUCUUGGAUGAGAGAUUUUGUAACUUCACAUCCAAAUUAUAAUUAAGAUCCAAUAGUUACACAUGAAAUUAAUUUUGAUCUUAUCAGAACACUCACUGCAAUUAAAGAUAGGUAAAAGGAGGAUCCUCACUUUCCCUUUAUAUUCAUUAUGUGA